AUGGCUAGGGUCCGAAACCCUCUCGUCGUCGGAAAGGUCAUCGGGGAGGUCAUUGACAACUUCAACCCCACGGUGAAUAUGACGGUGACCUACAACUCCGACAAGCAGGUGUCCAAUGGCCAGGAGUUCUUGCCGUCGGCGGUCGUGUCCAAGCCACGCAUUCAGGUCCCGGGCGGCGACAUGAGAUCUUUCUUCACUCUGGUCAUGACGGACCCGGAUGUGCCAGGGCCUAGCGAUCCAUACCUGAGGGAGCAUCUCCACUGGAUCGUCACUGAUAUUCCUGGCACCACUGAUGCUUCUUUUGGGAGCGAGGUGGUGAGCUACGACAGCCCAAUGCCCAACAUCGGCAUUCACAGGUUCAUCUUCGUGCUGUUCAAACAGAAGAAGCGGCAGGCUGUGAACCCUCGAGCUCCCUCCACCAGGGACUGCUUCAACACUCGCCGCUUCGCCGACGAGAACGACCUCGGCCUCCCGGUCGCCGCCGUCUACUUCAACGCGCAGCGGGAGACAGCCGCGCGCCGCCGCUGA